AUGGGCCGUAGGAUCGCGCUGAUCCUCCUUGUCCUUGGUCUCCUGAUCGUACCGUCACUGUGUCGAACCAACGCCUCCGUCAGACGGGCGGUUGCUGCAUCGGCGGCUUCAUCGCAAGGAAAUGAAUCGGAGGAGGACGCGGGGAUGGGGGACGGGAACGGGGAAGGGGUAGGGGAGGCGAUGGAAGGGCGAGCCAUGGAUCCACUGGCCACGGGUACUCAGUGCAAUGUCACCGGCGCUUGCCUUAUCUGCACCGAGCAGCAGAAGGUGGAGGACCCCGCGUGCCAGCCGACGGGCUACCGUCAGGCCAUCUCCUGCAUCGAGCGCUACAGUGGCGCGGUCUCCUCGCUCCCGUCCGCGCGCGCCCGCUCUGCCGGCGCUACCAAGCCCCGGGGAGGAGUGGUGCGGGGCGCGCGCCAGGCGCGCGGAGAGGCGGAGUCGGGCAGGGGGAGGGACGGGAUGGAUGGCGCAGGGGGUGAGGGUGGCGGGGAAUUGCAGGUGGGAGGGGGAGAGGACGGGGCAGGGGAAGGCCGAGAAGCGCAGGAGAUUAGUUCUGAUGGGCGCAGCGGGGGCAGCGAACGUAGUGGGAGCAAUGGGAGCAGUGGGCGAAGAAUUCAAGAAGAAACGGGUGGGGUGAGCGGUAGUGAGAGAGGUAGUGGGGAAGGCCUUGGUAGCGGUGAGCAGCAGAGGGUAGACGAGACGGUAGGUGGGUUGUCUGGGACUGGUCCGAGGAGGGUUAGGCUGCAAGAGGAACGGGUCGGAGGAGGGGAAUUCAGGGAAGGAGUGCUUGCUGUGGGGGGGGAAGAAGGCAAUUGGUUGGGAAACAGCCACGAGGUUUCUGUUUCUGCCAGAGGAGAUGGAACAAUGGAGAAUGAGACAAGUGAGAAGUUUGAGGAGAAAGUCAGCUGGGAAGGGCAGAGGGAAGGGACGGCUGGGGGGGGUGAAGGGGAUCUGCUGAGGCGGUUACUGGGGGAGGUGAGAACGGUCCAGGUAGCAGGUCGGGUGAGCAGCAUGGAAGCCAGCGCGGAGGAGGAAGGCGCCAGAGGCAGCAGCACUGGCAGUGGUGCAGGGGAGGGGGUGGGGGAAGAGAGAAUGAGGCGCUUCCUCACGUACGAGUCAUGCAAGCCUGAAGUGGAGACGCUUUCUGUGCUUGGCUUUGAGGUGAGCCCUGCUGGCGCAAGACUCACAUGGGCAUAUGGCGCUCGCGCAUCGCACCCACUCCUUCCGUUCUUGUUUCCUUGUUUCAUUGCUGCCGUUGCGCGCGCUGCUUUUUCCUGCACGUGGCUUCCCUUCCUGCACCUUCGCAUCCAUGUUGCUUCUGUGCAAUCGAUUCCGUGUCCUGACUCUCGCAUGGACGCACGUGUGCAGGGCAUCAUGCUGGCAAUACUGGCAGUGUGCGGUCCCAUCGUGUACCAUCGCAAGAGGAAGGUGGGCAUGCAGGCAGGCAACGUACGCCUCUCCAACUCCAGCAACCGCUUCUAG